GCGGAGCCGGAGACGCAACCAGAGGCCGAACUCGGGAUCUGACAAGAUGGCUGGGCUGCCCGGCAGGAUCAUCAAGGAAACCCAGUGUUUGCCGGCAGAGCCCGUUCCUGGGAUUAAAGCAGAACCAGACGAGAGCAACGCCCGUUAUUUUCACGUGGUCAUUGCUGGUCCCCAGGAUUCCCCCUUUGAAGGAGGGACUUUUAAACUUGAACUAUUUCUGCCAGAAGAAUACCCAAUGGCAGCACCUAAAGUACGUUUCAUGACCAAAAUUUAUCAUCCUAAUGUAGACAAGUUGGGAAGAAUAUGUUUAGAUAUUUUGAAAGAUAAAUGGUCGCCAGCACUGCAGAUCCGCACAGUUCUGCUAUCGAUCCAGGCUUUGUUAAGUGCUCCUAAUCCAGAUGACCCAUUAGCAAAUGAUGUAGCGGAGGAGUGGAAGACCAACGAAGCCCAAGCCAUAGAAACAGCUAGAGCAUGGACUACGUUAUAUGCCAUGAAUAAUAUUUAAGUCGAUCUGAUCAUCACGUUUGUGUCACUUCUCCUGUUCUGCCAAGACUCCUUCCUUUUUGUUUGCAUUUAAUGGACACAGUCUUAGAAACGUUACAGAAUAAAAGCCCAGACAUUUUCAGUCCUUUGGUGAUUAAAUGCACAUUAGCAAAUCUAUGUCUUGUCCUGAUUCACUGUUGUAAAGCAUGAGCAGAGGCUAGAAGUUUCAUCCAGAUUGUCGUGAAACAUUGAAAAGCAGUGGCCCUCUGCUUUUAUUCAUUUCCCCCAUCAUGGUUUUAAGUAUAAAGCACUGUGAAUGAAGGUAGUUGUCAAGGUUAGCUGCAGGGGUAUGGGUGUUCUUUAUUUUAUUUUAUUUUAUUUUAUAUUUUGAGGGGAAAGGUAGUUUCAAAGUUUUAUGGGCUCCCCACCCCACUUUUAUGGUGAUCUAAUGCAUUGGUUAAAAAAGCAGCUAACCAGUUCUUUUAAGAUAUGCUCUCUAGCCAAGUCUAACUUUAUUUAGACACUGUAGAUGGACAAGCUGAUUGUUCGAACCAAAAUGGGAAACAUUAACAACUUCACAGCUCUCACUAAUAACAUUGUGAUUUUGCAGUCAAGUAUAGAUUCCCUCCUUCAAAAAAGCUUGUGACCAUUUUGUAUGGCUUGUCUGGAAACUUCUGUAAAUCUUAUGUUUUAGUAAAAUAUUUUUUGUUAUACUAAAAAAAAAA